AUGAAGGUCAACUUUGGCGCCGUUUUCUGCACCCUUUUCUUUCUUUUUUGCUCUAUCGUCUUGAAUGUUCAGGCUAAUGAGGAGCCGUUGCCUGCUGACAAUGUCCCUGCUGAGGUCGCUGUGGAAUCGGAGCCCCAGCCUAUCCAGGAGGUAGCCACUGACGUUGAGACCGAGGAGGCGGCUCCCCAGGAGGAGGAGAAGUCGGAGGAAUCCGCUGCUCAGGAGGAGGAGAAAUCUGAAGAGCCUGCAACCCAGGAGGAGGAGAAAUCCGAGGAGCCCGCUGCAGUAGCUCCCGAGAAAUCCCAGGAACCCGCUCAGGUUAGAUUUGACAAGAAAGUGGGUGCCUUCUUCGGCAAUUUGUUUAGCAAGGUCAAGAACGAUUCAAAUGUCAAACGUAUGGUGCAAUACGUCACUGAUGUCAGCGCAACUGUAGCCAACACUGUUGGAACGGUAAGCGAGAAGGUUACCGCCACUGUAGCUUCUACGAUGAACGCUAUUCCAGGGGCUAGGGCAAGCACUAAGGGAAGCGUUAAGGAAAACACCAAGGCAAGCACCAAGGAAAACACUAAGGCAAGCACCAAGGCAAACACUAGGGGAAGCGUUAAGAAGGCGUAG